CUGAACCCCGUCUCCAAGCAACUCAUUAUCUUCCUCUCUCUCUCUCUCUCUCUCUCUCGCUCGCUCUCUGUUUCAAUUUUUCCAUGGAGAUUUAGAGCGGUUUGAGUAACAGAGCUUUUCCUUUCUUUCUUUGUUGUUUAUUUUUUUGAUUAUUGGGGAAGAGAUGUCCCGGCAAACAAUGGAACAGAGCUGUAACAGCCCUGUCACUGCUGAAGAGAUUGAGGUUGUCGAAAUUUUGCGGGAGCUGCCCCGUCUAAUCCUCGAAUCUGAGUCACGCCCUCGCUUUACUUUCAAGUGGGGCGCUAAGAGGAGGAGAUCUGCUGCUUCGAAAGAAGAGUUCGCCUCCGCAUCUUUGCCUGCUGUGGAACUAUCACAGUCGCCAUCGCCGCCACUUCCUUCUAAAGUCGUUGGCCCUACCUAUGAGACUGAGAGACCCACAGAAAAGCCCUUGACUUCAAGUCCCGCUACGCCUCUUUCCUUUUCUCCAAGUGAAUCUGAUGAGAAGCCUCUGCCGUCCAAGAAGAAAGCCUCUGUUAAUAGUCUUAAAAGGAAGAAAGAGCAAUUGUUGGAGAUGGUGGAAGAUCUUACUCAGCGCAACCAGUUGUUGAAAAAGGAUAUAGAGAGUAAGAGGCUGUUUCUUGAUCAGCAGAAAGCUAAGAACUUGGAGUUGAAAUUGAAGAAGCAAGAGUUAAGUCUGAGUCUUUGCAAUGCCAAAGAGUCACAUUCGGAUUCAAGCAAAAGCUUGAAUCUUGCGACACAAUUAACCCAAAUUUCCAUGGAGACUGCGAAGAGUCAAGAUCAUCAACAACUGCGAAUCUCCACCAUGGUCUAUCAACAACCGUUCACCAUGGAUCAAACGGUUUCCAUAUCAGAAACAAAAAAGAAUUCUCAGUACCCAUACGGUCGAAUGAUCUCCUGGUUACCAUCAAACAACGGACUAAGCAAGGUGCAUGAGCAUGAUAGCAUGGUCCCGCUUGGUCUCCUUGAUCUCAACGUUUCCGCAGAGGAAGCUUUCGGGUUUUGCUCUUCGAAAUCGUUUGAUAUGAAUUCAACAACUAAGGCCAGAGCUGCUCAAGCUAGGUUUAAAAGGAUGCAGAUUUGCAGGUCCAAGAAUCAGACUGCUGGCUGGAAAGCUCGUUACCCUUUUCGAUGAUUUUGCCUCUCUUUUUUUUAAUUUCUUCCUUUUUUGGGUUUCUUUUUUGCCGCGGAAUUAGCAUAGGUAUUAAACAGGGGAUAUCAAAAUUGUAAAUUAGAGUAGUUUUAGGAAGAGAUUUUAUUAAAUUUGGUAUAAUAUUCAUAAAUGCUUCAGAAUCUUCGAAGGUUAUUCAAUUCAAGAUUUUUUACUUAUUGAGCAA